CUGGUCGCGAGCAGAUAAAAGUGCAGUCCGCGCAUGCGCAGUGUACAAAGCGCCGGAGGCGCCGGGAGUAGCAAGAUGGCGGCAGCCGCAGCAUCAGGGGAAGCUGCCUCUAAUGGUAACGGUAUGGAGGUGGACGUGGCCGGUGAGUGAGGACUUGCUCUCUCUGUGUAUAAUGGCAGCAGUGGAGGCUGGCUCCAGGCUCCCUGGGGCUGGCUGACCGUGGGCACUGGGUGUAUGGCUGCCAGGUGUCCCCAGUAAUACAGGGGGGCCCCAGGGGUAGCACCCCCACAUUGUAUUCCUGGAGCCAGGUAAUGCCAUGCUGAGGGGCUCAGCCACCUGGCCCUGCAACAUGGAGCAUUGCUAUGGUACUGUAUGGGAAAUGUAUCAACCACAGCCACUUCCUACUGCAUUCCUCUGCAAUGUAAACAGUGUAGCAUAUGAAUGCCACAUACAGAAGGGCAGCACUCUUCAUGUAGUGCCCGGCUGCACCUCAGAGAUAACAUGGAGAAUGUGGUAUCCCACCCCCCACCCCCCCCGGGGUGCUGUCAUCUGCCUGUAGCCUCAUUGAAACCGGUGGACUCUCUCCCUCUAGAAAUGUGCUGUAGGGCUCAGUAAUGUCAAUGUCAAGUAAUUAAAUGACGAGAUAAGGAGAUAAGCCACUAGCACCUGGGGAACCCCUUUAGCUUGCAUAAUAAUUUUUGGUCGUGUUAAAGUUUUGUUGUUUGUUUAUUUUUUUAUACUAUUUUGUUAUUUAUAUUUUCAGUUACAUACGUUGCCGGCCAAGUAUGUAAAUUAGUUCAGGGGUUAUUGAAAACAUAAAAAAACGAUUCGGUCAGACUAACCUUCCCUAUGAAAUAAUAAUAAUAUAUAUAUAUAUAUAUAUAUAUAUAUAUAUAUAUAUAAAAAAGUUUUCUCUGCUGCUCGAACUUCUCUCUGAUGAAACAAAACUAUUUAAAGCCCAGAUUCGCCAGCAUGGGGAAUGUCUGUCCUUGUUCUCCAUUUUCACUGUUGGUAGAUGUUAAUUUGUAACAUACUUUGUAUCUCGCUUUUCAUUUAGCCCUGCCAACUGUGAUGGCACAAGGUGUAACUGGCAGUGUGACAGUAGCACUCCAUCCUCUCGUCAUUCUUAAUAUCUCCGAUCACUGGAUCCGCAUGAGAUCCCAAGAGGGGCGUCCUGUGCAAGGUGAGACUAAUCUCCGCAAUCAAUGCAUUCAUCUGUUCUGCUUCCAGUAUUUAUCUCCCUUACUUUCACAUUCUGUCUUGAGGAGGUUCUCUGUCACGAUUAAUGCUGUUGGGUCACAUGGCCAAUAGCACUGUUACCACUGUUAUACUUGCUUUUUACAUUUAAAAAAUGUUUUUUGGUCUUGUUUUCUGACUGCCUAAAAGCCAUCUUGCUUUUAUUCUUCAGUUAUUGGCGCCCUUAUUGGAAAGCAGGAGGGAAGAAAUAUUGAAGUGAUGAAUUCAUUUGAGCUCCUUUCUCAGAUCAACGACGAUAAGAUCACGAUCAACAAAGAAUAUUAUUACACCAAGGAGGAGCAAUGUGAGUGUAAAUCUAGGAGGUAGAAGAAAAUUGGAGAUGUAGUAAGUGGGAGAGGAACUCUGGUUAUUGUAAAAGGUAUUAAUUAUUGUGUCCAAAAGAAGAUUGACAUGGAGAACGGGUUGCUCCUACAGCACCAGUAGCAAUUUAUUAAUAGAUUUGUACAAUGUAUGAGUCGAACUGUCGGUUUGUUGACCAAAGAUUGACCAGUACUUGAUUUGUUCAUCGUAGUUGAAAAUAAUCUUUUGCCAAGUCUAUUCAUUAAUAUCCAGAUUUAGUGGGGUUCCAUACGUGCAUGUUCUUUUGUUUUGUUCUGCCUGAAGAAUAUGGAGAAUUGAUGGAAGGAACAGGGUAAAUGGGAGUUUUUCCUGGUUAUGAAUAGAUAAAGUAUAUUCUAGCGAUUAUAAUAUGUUUUUCUCUAGUUAAGCAGGUGUUUAAAGAAAUGGAGUUCCUGGGCUGGUAUACCACUGGAGGGUCCCCAGACCCAUCAGACAUUAAUGUCCACAAACAGGUACUGUGAUAAUUGUGUGACCAUUGGACAGAGAUAGAAAACAAAAUCUUAUGCCUCUGUUUAUACCAAAAAGGAUAUUUUAUGGAUAGGAGAUUGGGCAUUAAAACAAUUGUAACAAUGUACUCUAAGAAUCACUAUGGCUAAUUGUAGAGGAUAUGGGACAAAAAUAAGAACUCUCAACUCCUACAGAGAGGCCUCUCUGCUUCAGUUCAGUUGCUGCAGAAAUUUUAGAUUAUGCUAGCUUUAGUGUACAUAUAAUCUUAAUUUUUAUUAAUGACAGGAGGCAAAUAAUUUUGCUUAACUCUCUUUACUAAACUCCACAGCAGCACAAGUUUAAUUAGCAACAUAUUAACCAAUCAGAAAAAAAAAAAAACAGCAACAACAAAACUUCCUUCCUCUGUUGUCACUUCCUCUUUAAAGCUGCGUAAAAAUAAGGAACAGAGUAGAUCUAGGCAACCAAAGAGUCCAGAACGGAAUAGGCGAUAAGGUGAAAGGAAACCAUAAUUAGACGGAUAAUCCCCUUCAAGCUCUGUGUCUGUAGGGAACUUUAAACUGAAACGAGAGAACGGUCGAAAAAAGGAAUUAAUCUAGGAAAUGGACUAGUAAAAGGCAUGUAAACCUCACAGGAAUAAGCACCUCACUAUGUUCAUAAUUAAGGCUACCUUGCAAAUUAAUAGAGAAGAAAUACAAAUGGAAGUCUAAAACGACCAGACAGUAACCUUAUUAUACCCACCUUAUAAAGAACGUCAACCCCCUAUAGAAAGAGGGGAUGUGAAACUAAAUUAGUGGGAAAAUAUUUGCCUCCUGUCAUUAAUAAAAUUAAGAUUAUAGGUACACUAAAGCUAGCAUAAUCUACAAUUUUAUUACCUUGUAGGUGGCUUCAUAAUUUGCUGUUUUAACGCUUCUCAGUGUUGGAGAGGCAUGCGGAGGACAACGAAAAUAGAACCUACGAACGGGGUCUUCAUGUGACCAGUCCGCAGAUCGUAGAAUGUCGUAAAGUGAAGCACCUGCCAGAAGGGCUCCCGAGGUAGCUGUGCCUCUCACUGAGUGUGCCCCAAAGGAGGGGUCGACACCUGCUAACGAUAGCAACCAUCUGAUCCAUCGUGCCACGCUGGUGGCAGAGACUGGCUUGUUAGGGCGCACGUAGGAAAUAAAAAAUUGACCAGAUACGGAGGGGAGAAGUAAUGUCUGCAUAGCGGGAAAAAGUAGAAACCACACAAAGUUUGGGAAGGUCAUGGAAGUACGGGUAAAAAAAAAAAUGUAGAGGAGUCAGAUUUAGAUCAUCUGGAGAUGGAGAAGGUAACUCCGUCUGGCCAAAUGGAAAAGGCGCGGACAUAGGAGACCAUGCGGAAGGAAACAAGGCACAGCAGAAGAGUAAGUUUCACUGGGAGUUGUCGAACGGAAAAGUCCUCAUUAAUCGGCCAAUUCCGUAGGAAACAAAGUACCAGGUUCACGUCCAAGAAGUGUGCAUAUUUAGGCGCUGGAGGGCGAGAUAAUUAAUGCCCCGUAGGAGCAUGCAGACCAAGGGAUCCUGUCCUAUAGGUGAUCCCUGUAUCGGGACAUGAGCGGCCAAAAUAGCUGAGUGAACCACAUUGAUGGACCGAUAGGAUCUCCCUGACUUGAAGAGGUGUGGGAUAAAAGACUCCGGAAACAGGGUCUGUAAGGGGAUCAGUGUCACGUUCCAGGCACCAACUGCAGCAAGAAUUCCAGGCUGAUAAGUCCCCGGAGCCCAUGAGUCCCAGAGUAGGCCUCUAGCCUUCUGCGAUAGGCUGCUGACGUUCCAGGAUCCCCGGAAUGAAUCCAAGCCAGAUGUGGUUGGCCUUUUGAAUCCAGGAAAAUGUCCAGUAUGGAAGGGAGCAGAAGGGGAUCCUGCCAAGUGAGGUCCAGCAGGUCCCGGAACCAGGUCUGGCCGUGCCGACGGAUCUGCAGAAGCACUCUGGGACUCAUAGCAAACGCAGGGAAGUUGUAGGCGCCCCGUUAAGGCCACUCUUGGAGGAAGGCGUCCACGGCUGAGCACUCUGGAUUGGGUACCCAGUUGAAGAAAUUCACCAGUUGGUAAUUCUUUCGGGAGGCAAAUAGAUCCACCACAAAUGGUCCUCUCAACCGUUCAAUGUAAAGGGAAAUCGAGCAAUGAAGGCGCCAGUCGCUGGUGUCCCUCCAAUACCUGGAAAACCAAUCUGCCGUCAGGUUCGUAGCCCCUGGCAAGUAUUCCACUUGCAGCGUAAACAAAAAUCAUAGAUCUCCUUCGUCACUUCCAACGGCAGCCGUGACCGUGCACCACCUAGACGGUUGAUAUAUUGCACCGACAAAAUGUUGUCCAUCCUCAAGAGGAUGCAACAAACAAACAGGUGGCCGGCCAGACUGCGGAUUGCGAACGAGCCUGCGAUCAACUCCAAUCCGUUGAUAUGGAAAUCGGUUUCCGCGAUCGUCCAUAGACGCGGUCUGGCACGUUACACCCCAGCCCCAGAGACUCGUGUCUGACUCUCUGAUAACAUCCGGAGUUGGUCCGAAGAUUGCUUUGCCGUUCCAAGCGGACAUGUUUAGAAGCCACCAUCGUAGUUCCUCCUUGAAGUCUGGGGUUACCAGGAUUACCUGAUGAUUAGGAAAAGGUCAUUGCCUAAAGGAAUCUUGCCUUCAGACGUUGCAUGGCCCGAUAGUGAAGAGGUACUGGAUAUUAAUUAACCUGUAUAGAGGCGGAGAGAAAACCUACAAUGCGACCCAGCAUACGGAGCGGGAUCUGAUCUUGACAUAGUAAUCUCUUGAUUUCCUUUUUGAUAGCUGAAAUUUUUUUUCUUGCGGUAGACGAAGGACACAGGAGGAGGCGUCUAUUUCGAAACCCAAAAAUCUCACGCCGUGUGACUGGGAGAGAGACUACUUUUUCUCCCGGUUGAUCACGAAGCCCAGGGAUUCCAAUAAGGAGAUUGCAAAGCAAGGAAUAAUAAAGUAAUAAUAGUAGGAUAUAAUGAACUAGAAAUAAUAGUGGAAAUAAUGACCAAACCGAAUAUUAAGAGCACUGACAGGAAAAUGGGAUAAAGUAAAAAUAAGGCAAUAAUACCAGUAUGAUUACAAUGAAAAGUAGAAAUGAUAAGGAUAAUGGCACUAAUUAUAAACCAAGUAUUGCGAACAACCAAUAAAAGGCCACAGCAACCCACAAAGCAAGAGGCAGUGGCCCUCCGACCUUUGCUGAUGAUGGAGCAGUAAAAAAAGAGGAAGUGACAGAGGAAAGACGUUUUGUCUGUUUUUUCCUUUUUCUGAUUGGUUAAUUUUUUGCGAAGCAAACUUGUGCUGCUGUGGAGUUUAGUAAAGCGAGUUAAGCAAAAAUAUGAAGCCUCCUGCCAUGUAAUAAAUAAAUUUUCACAUUAGCCAUCCCACUUUAUGACAUUAAUAGUCUAAGAGCCCUAGGGUGGGUUAGCCAGGUAGAGGGUGCCGAAACACUCAUUGCACUACAGUGGACUUUGAAGGAAACUUUGUACCAGGGACACUGUAUGGUAAGAAGAUUGCAUAUGGCAAAGAAUGUAUGAUUGAAAGAGUACACCAAGGACAUGACACUAGAUGGCUGUCUAUCCAUAAGACUCUUAAAAUGACACUGUAUCACAAGGACCCAGAACACAGAUGUUUAUCCGAUAGGAACACAUUACUGGAGAAUCUGGUUUUAAAGUAGACAUUUAAAUCGGGGACAGAAGCCUGGGGUGAAUGGUUAAUUGGGAGCAUAUUGAGGGGUGCAGUAUUGUAUAGAGGACAUCAUGUUUUAGAUAAGCACUGCACAUGCUCUGGGACUGAUAGAUUUGUUGGUUUAAUAGUGAUAUGUACCAGUAAACAUAUUCUCUUAGGUUAAUAUUAUAGCUCUAUCCCUUUCUCUUUUUGUCCUAGGUCUGUGAAAUUAUAGAGUCGCCGCUCUUCCUCAAGUUAAACCCUAUGACAAAGCACACAGAUGUAAGUACUUUUUGUGAUUUUGUUUUUUUUUAAUUAAUUAUAGUUUUACCCUUUUUGAUAGCGCUCUUUCUCUCUCCUACCACAGCUGCCCGUCAGUGUGUAUGAAUCGGUGAUUGACAUUGUAAAUGGUGAGGUAAGUAUUUUUUUUUAAAGGCUUCUUGAGAAUUGUUUGUGUUCUUGAUUGGCACUGCAUUGUGACUGUUCACCCCCACAUAAGAUGUGAUACAUUACUCUGUGGCCAUAGCUUGAAUAUUGGGACAGCAUUGUGUGGGGCAUCUUUGUUUUGUGCACAUUUAAUUUAUCAAAGUUUAGCAAUAGUCUUUUGCGUGUCUGUGCCAUUUUCUGAUUGUCCUGUGAUGUCUUCUAUCUAGGCCACCAUGCUCUUAGCCGAACUCCCGUACACAUUGGCCACAGAGGAAGCCGAGCGAAUUGGGGUUGACCACGUUGCCAGAAUGACAGCAACUGGAAGUGGGGAGAACUCUACAGGUAAGAAAUUAAGUGUUCAUAAAUCAAUGAUAAUUAGUGGUAAAGAGAUGACUGAGUUGAAGAAUUUGAAAGCAUUUCACUCCCUUUUGCCAACCAUAUCCAUCUGUUUCAGUGGCCGAACAUCUCAUUGCUCAACAUAGUGCCAUCAAGAUGCUUCACAGCAGAGUACGGCUUAUCCUGGAGUAUGUCCGAGCUGCAGAGGCCGGUAAAUAUACAUGUUAUGAAUACAAGUUAGCUUCUUCAUCAGUGCUGGCCAGUGUUUUCGUAGUGUGAACUGCCCCAGCUUGCUGUAAGUGUCCUUGCCCGGUGAACCCUAAUGUUAAUAAUUAUGGUUUUCUUCAUAGGAGAGGUGCCCUUUAACCAUGAAAUCCUGCGGGAGGCCUCAGCACUAUGUCACUGUCUUCCUGUACUUAGCACUGACAAAUUCAAGAUGGAUUUCUAUGAUGUGAGUUAAGCAUUUAUCUACUCAUGCACUUCAUGCUUUCGGUUUGAUUUUAAGUCAGUCUUAUUCUACCCUGUUCUCUUUUGCCAAAUUCUGGUCAAUCUGCCUUUUUGGUUUUCUUCCGAUACAGCCUUUUUUUCUUAAUAUUCUGACCUCACUGUCUUCAUGUUGAAUUUCAAAGCCAUCUCCAUAACUUACCCUUUCAUGUCCUUCCUCCGUUGCAGCAAUGUAAUGAUGUGGGUCUGAUGUCUUACCUGGGCACCAUCACCAAGACCUGUAACACCAUGAAUCAGUUUGUCAACAAGUUUAACAUCCUGUAUGAUCGCCAAGGGAUUGGCCGGCGUAUGAGAGGGCUGUUCUUCUGAAAGUUCUCAGUCUACCUAACCUCAAGCCCCACCUGUAUAAAUAAACCUCUUUCCCAUAUUUUAGGAAUAAAAUGUUAUUACCAUCAACCUUUUUUGUGAUUUAUGUGACCUGGGAGGAAGCAGCUUAGAAAGGUCUGUCAAAGUGAAAUAUUAAACUACAGCCAUAUACUUUAAAAGCUUUGCUAAUAAAGCUUAUACCAGAACAAGUCUGUCAGUAUGGAAUUUACCUGUGCAGUCGUAUUCAAUAAAUUAGACUCCACAGGUAAAUCCCACAUGGAUAGAUUUGUUCAGAUUAAAAGUAAUUUGUUAGUACAAGAAUUAAUAGAAGUUUGAUUAUUUAUGUAGAAUUAAGAAAGUGAGUGUCCAUGCAUAUUUCUCCUGCCGACUGAUUGACAUUAAGCGGAAGGAGGCAGCUAUUUUCCUAUUAUUGCAGUAAGUUUUCCCUAAUUCCUUAUCUGUGAAUGUCAAGCCAUGUCAUUUUCUCCCAAUACUUUAAUCAUGUUUAAACAUCUUAAAACAACCCAAAACUACUGGUGACCUGAUUUCACACUCCAUAUUGCAAUCUAAUUGGAUGGGUGGGUGGAGGGAAGAUGUUGUCUGUUCUGUUUGACAGGUUGUGUGCAGCAGUGCUUGGCAAGUAGGAAAAGCUGGCCUCUUAUAACAGUCUAAUCCCCCCACCCUGCUGUAGUGAUACAGACCUCUGGAAAUGAAGACAUGUAACUUACUCAAACUGAUUCACUAGUGCAUUCACUCUGCAAAGAGAAUGACUUGGUCUCAAAAUCGCUUUUAUUGGACAUGGUUAAAGGUCAACUAUAGAGCCAUGAAAGGUUUUCCUGACAGAAAAAGGUGCACAAGCAGCAGAGAUGACUGCAGCCUGGAGAGGAUUGUCAGGAAAAGGCAAUUCAAAAGUGUUGGGGACUUUCACAAGGAAUGGACUGAGGCUGGAGUCAGUUCAGUGCAUUAAGAGCCACCACACAUAGAUGGAUCCUGGACAUGGGCUUCAGAUGUAUUCCUCCUGUCAAGCUGCUCCUGAACAACAAACGUCAGAAGCGUCUUACCUGGGCUAAAGAAAAACAGACCUGGUCUGUUGCUCAGUGGUCCAAAGUCAUCUUUUCUGAUGAGAGCAACUUUUGCAUCUCAUUUGGAAACCAAGGACCCGGUGUCUUGAGGAAGAAUUGAGAGGCACACACUGCAAGAUGCUUGAAGUCCAGUUGAAGUUUCCACAGUCUGUGUUGAUUUGUGGAGCCAUGUCAGCUGCUGGUGUUGGUCCACUUCAUUAAGUCCAGGGUCAAUGCAGCCGUCUUAUCAGGAGAUUUUGGAGCAUGCUUCCUCCCGCAGACAAUCUUUAUGGGGAUGCUGACUGCAUUUUCCAGCAGGACUUGGCACCUGCCCACACUGUCAAAAGCACCAAAGCCUGGUUCAAUGACUGUGGGAUUACUGUGGUUGAUUGGCCAGCAAACUCGCCUGACCUGAACCCCAUAGAGAAUCAAUGGGGCAUUGCCAAGAGAAAGAUGAGACCUGAGACUGAACAAUGCAGAAGAUCUGAAGUCCGCAAUUGAAGCAUCCUUGUCUUCCAUAACACCUCAGCAGUGCCACUGGCUGAUAGCUUCAAUGCCACGCCGCAUUGAGGUAGUAAUUGCUGCAAAAGUGGCCCAAACCAAGUACUGGGUUCAUAUGCAUGCUUAUACUUUUCCGAGGUCCGAUAUUGUUCUACGUACACUCCUUGUUUUAUUGAUUGCAUGUAAUAUUCUAAUUUACUGAGAUUGUGGAGUUGGGGUUUUCAUGAGCUGUAAGCCAUAAUCCUCGCACUUAUGACAAAUCACGGCUUGAACAAUCUUGCUUUGCAUGUAAUGCGUCUCAUAUUAGUUUCCCCUUUUACGUUGCAUUACUGAAAUAAAUGAACUUUUGCAUGAUAUUCUAAUUUUCCUAUCACCUGUAAAGUGGUCUGGAUGCCUGUAGUGUUUCUUUAAGGUUACACAACAUGUACUCAAAAAAAUAAAAUAAAAUUUAGGUUUUCAAUUGCUUUAAAUGACAGAUUUAAGAGCUGUGCCUGCAUUUGCAAAAUACCCUUUCAUUACAAGUCUGCAUUGAGCAUCGCCCAGACCAAGUCAGUAAUCUAGAAGCGCUUACUGUUUGAAUAUCCUCUUGCUAUAUUGAUGGAUUGUGGUUUUAUCUGGUUAGUGCCAACAUAGUUAUGGUGCUAUAUGGCUACCAGCUUUGUAUUCAGUUUAAGAAAUUGAUAGGAAAUAAACUUCUGCACUAGCAAUUUUGCCUUUUGUGGGUUUAUGCAACUAGGGCAAACUACUAGAAGAAAAAAGAAAAAAAAGUGCCUCCAUCUAGGUCAAUAACCUCUACACAUGUGUUGUAGUUACGGUCAAAGAUUGUCCCAUUAACCCCUUAAGACCGCAGCCAAAUGUACACGUUGUGAUCAAAACAAAAUGUAAACAAAACUUGGCAUUUGCGCUACAUGUCUGUCCAACCGUAAUUCACCUCUUUCAUAUUAAAUGCACCCACACUUAUAUAUCAUUUUAUUCAGG